AUGAACCCCCAUGUCGCUGCUGUCCCACCCAGUCUCCAGCUGCCCCGGACGCUCCAGCGACCCAAUUUCUCCGAGGUGUCGCGCGACAUUAUCGCCUCCCUGGAGCCAGAGCUCGCGGAUGUCCCCAUUGAAUACAUUAGAAGGCACUUGGCUGGCCAAGCUAAUUCCAUGCUCUCGGCCCUUUCACUUAUGACAUACCCCACAUCCCUGCCUAGAGCGCGUCUCGCAUCGUCUAUCGACGUGUCUGUGCGCCCAACGUCAAAUGCGCCCAACACAUCCGCCUUCCCCACGCACAUGCUCGCGAUUUCCUCGUCCAGAUCCUCACCUUCGCAGCCGAACACCCCCACGGCGGCAUCGUUCACGGCGGGGGCAUCCAGCACGUUGACCGUCCCCCUCUUCCCCUCGCACGCAGUCGUGCUUGCCGCGUACUGCACGCUCCUCCCCGCGCUGCCGCGCUCGCGCCCGUCCAACCGCACCGCGACGAUGAGUCUGCCUGUCGUCCCGCUCACCGUCCCGAGCGCGGAGACCUUCCAGAUGCUCCAUGCCUACCUCCACACGAAACGCCCCGACACCUUGCUUGCCGCGCUUCUGCCAAGCCUCGCGGCAUCGCUUCCGCAGGCGCCCAGUGGGGGCACGUCCUCGUCCGCGGGCCGGUCCGUGUACGUGUCGCAGUUUACGAGCGAGAGCCUCUCGCGCCUUGCGCACGCGCUCGCUAGUGCCGCGGCGCAGAUUGGCCCGCAGGGCGCACUGAGCAGCCUGAUGGCGCACGCGAAGGUCAUCAACGGCCUCUGGCGAAACGUGUGCGCUCUGGGCGUGUUCGACGCGGAGCUGUGGGGUGUCAUGGACCUCGCGUGGGAGGUCGUGCUCAUCGCCUUGACGCGCAUCGCCGAGCGCGAGCGUCACUAG